AUGAAGAACAUUCGACCUGGUACUAGCAUAAUUAGCGACAGCUGGAGAGCCAAUCAGAUUUCAAUGCUUCCACAAGCGUAUAGGCAUCUCACAGUAAACCACCGGCUGAAUUUCGUAGACCCGCAGAGUGGAGCACACACGCAGAACGUCGAGUCACUCUGGCAGAAAUACAAGCAGAUAGGUAAGCGGCGCUAUGGAAUUAACACGUCACGCUAUGAGGAUUACCUGUGCGAGUUCCUGUGGAAGAAACAGUUCGGACGAAGCGAGGCACUCUUCAAUUUCUGGGACCAGGCUGCUUUUGAUGUUGACGUCGAGGCUACAGUUGAAGACCUAAAGUUGGUACGUCGACUGUAUUACAGUAAAGUAAUUUAG